AUGCUCGCCCCAACCCCGUCGCCGGCGCUCACCGUCACCGCCUCCGACGCCGCUGGACCCCGCCGUCGCCAGAGCACCGCCGCGCCCGGAAACCUCGUCGCCGUCCUCUUCGUCGCCGUCGUCGUCCCCGGCCUCCUCCCCGAGCCCUGCUGCCAUUGUCCCUACACCCUCGCCCCCGCCACGAACCCGACCACGCGCCCUGCACCGCCGCAUCCCCGCUGCGCCUGCGCCCUUCACUCACUGCUGAGCCCUCCGCCCCGAGCCGUGCCCUCCCCGCUCCGGCCAGCCACCUCCCCGCUGCUGCAACCGCCAUCCAGCGCGCUCACCCGCACCUCUCCACAGCUCGCCGCGCCGGCCGCGCUCAAGCGCUCGCGCGUGCCAUCCCUCCCAUGGCCACGCCCCUCCUCCUCGCUCUCUCCUGCAGCCUCUUGUGGCCGCCAACGCUGCCGCGCCGUCUGCCACCCACCCAGUCACCGGCCUCUAGACUCGCUGCUCUCCGCCGUCCUCGCCGGCUCCAGCUUACCGCUCUGCUCCGCAGCCAAGCUGCCGCACGAGAACGGGCUUGGCCCCGCACGGAAUUGGUUUGGGCACAGCGCCCCAACCCCGACGCCGGCGCUCACCGUCACCGCCUCCGACGCCGCUGGAUCCCGCCGUCGCCGGAGCACCGCCGUGCCCGGAAACCUCGUAGCCGUCCUCUCCGUCGCCGCCGUCGUCCCCGACCUCCUCCCCGAGCCGCGCAGCCAUUGUCCCUACACCGCCGUGCCCUCCCCGCUCCGGCCAGCCACCUCCCCGCUGCUGCAACCGCCGUCCAGCGCGCUCGCCCGCACCUCUCCACAGCUUGCAGCUCGCCGCGCCGGCCGCACCGACCGCGCUCAAGCGCUCGCGGGUGCCAUCCCUCCCAUGGCCGCGCCCCUCCUCCUCGCCCUCUCCUACAGCCUCCUGCGGCCGCCAACACUGUCGCGCCGUCUGCCACCCACCCAGUCGCCGGCCUCUAGACUCGCUGCUCUCCGCCGUCCUCGCAGGCUCCCGCUUACCGCUCUACUCCGCAGCCAAGCUGCCGCACGCGAACGGGCUUGGUCCCGCACGGGUACGCCCGCAACCGCGUCGAUGGCGCCCCACCACGGCCUCUCAUGGCCACGCCUCGCCCCGCCCGGCACGCCGCCGCGCGCGCUCGGGCGCGCCGCCCCUGCUCGCCCCCUCGAGCGGCCUCUCUCGGCCAACCGGGUCCUCGCGCCCGUGGCGCCUGUUCGGCCGCAACGCCCGAACCCGCUAUGGCCUUUGGCCCAUUGA